AUGUCAUCAGCUUCGACCGAAAAAUCACCAUAUGCCGACGAAGUCGUGCGAGGAGGAUAUGGAAAGAUAUUUGAGGGCCAUACAGUCUUCCUGACCGGGGGUACCGGGUGUUUGGGAGGUUGUCUCCUAUACAAGCUUGCUUUACAACUGCCAACCCGCAAGAUUUUCGUUUUGGUUCGAGGGAGCUCUCAGUGGGCUAUCGAAAAAUUGAGAGAAUCGAUGCCAAAUCAUGCACAGGCUAUUUUAGACACGAAGAAAGUGGAAUUUGUGAUUGGCGAUAUGAAAUCGGUGAACUUCGGUAUCAAAACCGAUGUCCUUGGACAACUUCAAGAUCAAGUGACGCUGGCUAUUCAUACAGCAGCCAAGAUCAAGCUUGAAGGUCCCAUUCGUGAUGCAUUGGAAAGCAAUUGCCUUCCUGCGCUGGAAAUGGCGCGGGUUGCCUCUGGAUUCCGGCGACUGAAACUCCUCAUCCAGAUCUCUACAUCAUAUGUCAAUAGUCACCUUCCCGAUGGCCCAGUUUUGGAGCGGAUAUAUCAAUUGGGAGGCGAAGAAGAUCCAGAGGAUGAACUAGCAUCCAUGUUGACGCUAAACACAUCACCGCACGCGGGUAAAUUCUCGUCUACCUACACCGAAGCCAAGCAUCUCAUGGAACGUCUAUUACUGAGCCGCUUCCCUCUUCUUCCAAUCCUACUGCUGCGGCCAACAAUCUUCGGUCCUGCGUUGAGACACCCUUACCCGCUAUAUGGAUCGGAGGACUCAACGCCUCUCACCAAGUUUACUAGGCUUUGGUUCUCCGAUCGGAAUACCACACAAGUUUGGCACGCCACAGAAGGCUAUCAGACAGGCACCAAUAUCCUGGAUGAGAUCCCCGUAGAUCUCGUAGCAAAUGCAUGCCUAUUACACGCAGCAGCACGGACCACGGGGAUUGUGCAGGUUGGUUCCGAGCUCUAUCACCCGAUUACCUUCGAUGAUGUAUUCCGCCUAGGCCUGGAGAAUGCUGCGCCUGCAGUCCAGCGAGAGUUCCCAAAGAUCAUCUUUACCCAAGAUCGCAGCAUGCCGCAGUGCUUCCUUGCUGAGUUGAUUCAAGUAGGAACUCGCAGCUGGUUGUUCGAUUGCGGGCGGUCCUACUGGCUCAAGCAGGUGAGUGGGCCAUUGAGCGUGCAGGUGUGCAAGCAUGAGGCAGACGCGCUCAAUCUGAUACGGACUCACGAUGUCCUCGGGACUAGAAAGGAGAAAGCUCGGAUGUAA